GGCGGUGGGUGGAGCCUUGGCCUGGAGAGGAACUGGGUCUUCGGUGCUUCCGGUCCGGUGCCCGGUCCUUGGAGUUCUGGUGGUACUAGUCCAAACCAUACUGCCACGUAUUUCUUUCAUCUUUUAGCACGCACUUUUGUUCUGUCCUUCGAGCUAUUGGUGCAGUUAGGUCUGGUCCCACAAUGCCGCUCCCAGUUGCACUGCAGACCCGCUUGGCGAAGAGGGGCAUCCUCAAACAUUUGGAGCCCGAGCCAGAGGAAGAGAUUAUUGCUGAGGACUAUGAUGAUGAUCCUGUCGACUAUGAGGCCACCCGGUUAGAGGGUUUGCCACCGAGCUGGUACAAGGUGUUUGACCCUUCUUGUGGACUCCCUUAUUACUGGAAUGUUGAGACAGACCUCGUGUCGUGGCUCUCACCACAUGACCCCAACUUUGUUGUUACCAAAUCUGCCAAGAAACUGAGGACCAAUAAUGCUGAUGCUGAGGACAAGUUGGACCGGAAUCAUGAGAAGUUGGACAGAACUCAUGAGAAGUCAGACCGAAGUCAUGAGAAGCCAGACAGGAGCCAUGAGAAGGCAGACCGAAACCAUGAUAAGUCUGACCGGGAUCGAGAGCGGAGCUAUGACAAAGUGGACAGAGAGAGAGAUCGGGACAGGGAACGAGAUCGGGACCGGGGGUAUGACAAGGCAGACCGGGAAGAUGGCAAAGACCGGCGUCACCAUCGCAGAGAGGAACUAGCUCCUUACCCCAAGAGCAAGAAGGCGGCGAGCCGAAAAGAUGAAGAAUUAGACCCCAUGGAUCCCAGCUCAUACUCAGAUGCACCCCGGGGCACGUGGUCAACAGGACUACCCAAGAGGAAUGAGGCCAAGACAGGCGCCGACACGACAGCAGCUGGGCCCCUCUUCCAGCAGCGCCCAUACCCUUCCCCAGGGGCUGUGCUCCGCGCCAACGCUGAGGCCUCCCGAACCAAACAGCAGGACUGACCCUUUGUUUGCUGUAGCUUUGGCAGUUUGCCUUCCUGCUUUCUUCCUUGUGGCUCUGGAUGUAGGGGCCCAGAGCUUUGCACAUGCUGAAUAAGUAUCCCACCAAUGAGCGACACUCCCGGCCCUUUAUUGUUUGUAAUAAAAGCUUUGUUGUGGAUCCUA